AUGCAAACCAACAAGCAGUCAAAGAAGACCCUUCCCAAAUUGAUAUCAGAUCAGGAAGCUGCUAUCACAUUAAAUCAAACUGCAACAGAAGGAAUUUCUCAAGAAGUACCAAGGUCUUUCAAAAGUCACAUCGUGAACCUUUGCAACAACCCAUCUGGACAAGGCAUUGUAUAUCUGUCGCAACUUAUGCAAACUCAUUCACUGCCUUUUGAGGAAAAUAUCAACUUGAGAGAAAAAUUUGUGCCAUCAUUCUCAAAAAUGGAAUGGAAACAUGCGGUUCAACUUUGGCCUCAAUACAAAGUACAAGCCAAUAUUCCAGAAUACAAACCCGUCGAACCAUACAUCCCAAGAAGUUUUGCCACUGAGGUUUUCCGCGCAAUCAAAAAAGCAGAGAUUGACACUUGUCAAUUGAGUGCUGCUGACAACAAAGCCAAGGUUGUCGCUUGGAUGCGAGCUAUUCUUGUUGAAAUCAGUAACUUGUUCAGCGGUGCUGUCAGCAACAAUGCCAAAAGCUACAUUAAAGGAAUGGGUUCCAGCCAAGGGCGCAUUGAGUUCAUAUACAUGGUAUUAGAUGUUUGUGUCAUUGUUGUUCUGGAAGCAAAUGUUGCAGAGCUUACAAGCAAAAACUACGCUCAAAUGAUGGCAGAGUUAGAGGGACACGUGGUAUUUUUGGGCUUACGAUGGAACAAACUUCACAGUCUCGGAUGCCAUUGCUCCUUUUCAUUCAAAGGAAGGGCUUUCCAAGAACAGCAAGAACACAGUCCAAGCUAUAACGCGUGGAAGGAAGCUAGCUCUCUUGCAGAAGCAGCCAAAGCAAAGGCUUUCUUGGCAAAGGAGGAACAAGACUUCGCAGUUGUCAGAAGUCUAUUGAACCAAAGCUUUGACGCUCUCCCACAAGACCACAAACGUCUAUUACGAUUUCCAACUCAAUCAAACAUCAUUGAUGAAUGUAUUGGAGAACUCCAACGCUCAAAAACUUGA